CAAGAUGGCGCAGGCUAUAUUCGAGGUGCUUGAAGGGAUGGACAACCAGACAGUCCUGGCUGUUCAGUCCCUUUUGGACGGACAGGGGGGAGUCCCAGAUCCAAAUGCCCAGAAUGUUUCAGGAACCACCAUUCAGCCAAUGGAUGAUGAGGAUGUGUUCCUUUGUGGAAAGUGUAAGAAACAGUUCAAUUCAUUACCCGCUUUCAUGACCCACAAGCGCGAACAGUGUCAACCAAAUGCUCCGUCACUGGCCACUGUGUCACUAGCCUCCAACAACACCUACACCUGUGUUCCAUCCGUCAACGCUGUGCCACAGACACCCACAAACAGACAGGUUUCCACAUACAUCACAGUCCCUCAGUCUCCUCUUACUCACACGCUAGUCCAGGGGAAUGUUCUGGUCAGUGAUGAAGUUCUGAUGUCGGCCAUAUCGGCAUUCACGUCGAUGGACCAGCCAAUGGGCUCCACACAGAACAAUCUCAAUAUGCACACUGGGCCACCUUACCUUCAACACCAUCAGCAGCCUGCACAUUCACUUCCUCCUAGUCAGUCACAGCCGCUGUCCUCCCAAGUGCCAUCGAGCAACAGCAACUCCGUGGUCCAGGUCUACAGUGCACUGCCCCAGAUGACUGGGGGUGGUAAUGCAGAAUCCCAAUCCUUAGGAUUACAGCCCUUCCAGCCAGCUCAGGUGCCCAGUCAGUGUGUGGAGAGCCAGGCAUUCCCCAAUCCUCCUGUCUACAGCCCAGGGAAACAAAGCACCAAAACAAAGACCUACAGCAACCUAAACGUCCUCGGAGACUUCGAUAAAGUCAUAAUUCCAAAGAGACCCCGAAACGUUAAAAAAGGGCAAGAUGCAGGCCAAGUAAAAGGAAAAGCUCAGAAACUGAAGUGCAGUUUCUGUGAGAAGGUUUUCACAAAAAACUUUGACCUCCAGCAACACAUUCGAAGUCACACAGGAGAGAAGCCCUUUCAGUGCAUUGUGUGCGGACGUGCCUUUGCCCAGAAGUCUAAUGUAAAGAAGCACAUGCAGACGCACAAAGUAUGGCCCACAGGUAUGGCCAACACGGUGUCUAGACUGCCCAUUACCGUCAAGGUCGUCCCUCUGCAGACCGAUGAGAACGGAGAACAGCCAGGGGAGGCAGAGCAAAGGGAGACAGCAGGUCAUGAUGAGUCAGAGGGGAGAGAGUGUGAAUCUCUGUCGGAGGUGGAUGGUCAGAACAAAGCCCGAGAAGGCAGUCAGCCCAAGACAAAACAGAUGAUCUUAAUUGACAGCUCCUACCAGUGCCAGUUCUGCCCAGACAAGUUCAGCUCCUACUUCCAACUCAAGUCUCACAUGACCCAACACAAAGACGAGCAGGUAUACAAAUGUGUGGUCAAGAUGUGCUCACAGACCUUCCAAAAACUAGACUCGUUUCUGGAGCACAUUCGAACGCACCAGGACCACUUGACCUAUCGCUGUCAUUUGUGCAGUAAGGUCUUCCCCUCGCUGUUUGAGCUCGGUCUGCACCAGUACUCCCACAGCUUCUGCACGCAGCAGACCCCUCGCAAGGAGACCACCUUCCACAGAUGUAUGAAAUGCCAAAGCAAGUAUUCCACACAGGAGGCCUUGGAGCAACAUCUGCUGACUGCCUCGCACAACUUCCCCUGUCCUCAUUGCCAAAAGGUUUUCCCCUGUGAGAGAUACUUCCGUCGGCAUCUGCCCACUCAUGGCGUUGGUGGGAAGUUCAAGUGUCCAGUCUGUAAAAAGCUGUUCAAAACCGAGCACUACCUCAAACUUCAUGCUCGUAUACACUCAGGGGAGAAGCCACAUAAAUGCUCUGUUUGUGAAGCUUCAUUCAACCGUAAGGACAAAGUCAAGAGGCACAUGCUGAUUCACGAGCCCUUUAAGAAAUACAAAUGUCCAUUCAGGACUCACGUAGGCUGCACGAAAGAAUUUAACAGACCAGAUAAACUGAAGGCUCAUAUACUCUCUCAUUCCGGCAUUAAGCCAUUUAAGUGUCAGUUCUGUCAGAAGGCCUUCAGCCGGAGAACCCAUAUGCUGGAACAUCAGCGCUCACACACGGACAACUACCGUUUCCGCUGCGGUACCUGUAACAAAGGCUUCACCAGGCAGAAGUACUACAGGGACCACAAGUGCCCCCUGGUUAACUCUCAUGCUACCAAGGAAGGGGCUGAUAAAAUGAACUCCAGGAGGAGGGAAAGCCAGAGUCGCAAAGGAGGGGGCAAUAAAAAUGCCAUAACAGAAUCAGAACCAGCAGGCGGGGGGCUGGAGGAGACUGUGGAGGAAGAGGGUGAGGAAGGAGGGGACGAAGAGGAGGGAACACCAGAUGGCCACAGAAUGCUGGAGAUAGAGGACAUUCAGAAGCAGAUUGGAGGAGAGGGAGAGUGUGAUGAAGAUUUGGAAAGUGCUGAGGGUUUGGAACAGAUACAGGAAGAAGGAGCAGAGAGGCUGCUCACAGCCCCUAUGUUCAUAGAGAAUGUGAACUAAGGGCAAUUUGUCACACCUUUUUUGGGGGGCAAUGUUUAAGAACAGGUCUUUAGCGUGACUAAGCUCACAACGGUUAAGGUCAGUGCUUAGUAGACACUUCAGUUCUCAAGAAGCAUCGACUCCUCAACACUUGCCUCUUGUAGUCAGUUGAGUGAAAAGUGAAGUUGGGAGAUGAAUGGAGGUAUGUUGCAGUCUUGCUCCAGUCUUGUGAUUCCUUUGGAGUUUGAAACGACUAGUUAAUUGACUUCUUUGUCAAAGCAGUGAC